UCAGUACUUAUUAAUCUAUUUACCUAGUAGGUAGUAAGCCUUUUACGCUUCGUAUUAUUUUCAAUAUAUCUAAGCAGCCGUAGACUUUAGAGAAAAAAAAUUGCAAGAUGGAUCAUUGCUGGUAAUUUUCCCCGAAGCUGUCCAUUGUUAAGCCUACCUCCAUGUAGGCUCCGUUUGCCUCAACGGAGCUUAGGUGCCCAACCUCGCCCCUGACCGACCCAUAGACGAAACCAGGAACGCACCCUUUUAAUGCUGCCAUUUCUAUAAUUGUUCAUUUCCCAUCUAUCUACGUGAGUGUUAAAAGUUCAAGGCAAGCUCAUAACCCCUAAUUUCUUACAUUCGUAUCUCAGCAUUCACCUACCUGCUUCGACGUCAAUCAUACCUCAUCACUCCAGUUCAAAUGCCAACACCACCAGAAGGCCCCGACAACAUCAGUCCCCUGGACAACGCGACCGCCCAGAACAACAUGAGCCUCCGUAGUCGAGAUGUCGAGAAACGUGAGGAUGCAGGCCAGGAAUCUCCCUCGACAGAAGAUCCUGAAGCCGGGCCAGAGGACAACAAGAGCAACGGUCGAACGAUUCGCGGUGUUCGCUGGAUCCUCAUCUGCACCGCCAUCUACACCACCUGCAUGCUGUACGGCCUCGACACGACCAUCGCGGCCGAUGUUCAAGCCCCCAUCAUCGAAGCCCUGGGACACGUCGAGCAACUCGCCUGGGUUGGGGCCGGGUUCCCGCUGGGCUCCGUGUGCGUGAUUCUGCUGCUCGGGAAGCUGUACGAGAUGUUCAACACGAAAUGGAACUUCAUGGCCGCCGUCGUCCUUUUCGAGGCUGGCUCGGCCCUCUGUGGCGCUGCGCCCACUAUGAACGCUUUGAUCGUUGGCCGGGUCAUCACCGGCAUGGGGGGCAGUGGCAUAUAUCUUGGCUCCUUGCAGUACGUGGCUAUCAUGACUGGGGAGAAGGAACGUGGGUUUUAUAUGUCACUAGUAGGUGCGUUUUGGGGUUUGGGUUCUGUUUUGGGACCUGUGAUCGGAGGCGCUUUUACCGAGUCACCGGCCACCUGGCGCUGGGCCUUUUAUAUCAACCUGCCCAUCGGUGCUUUCGCAAUUGUAGCUUUCAUCCUCUUCCUCCCUCCCUUCCAUCCUAUUCAAGGCGUCACUAUCCAAAAACGGCUGGCCACCCUUGACUUCGUUGGCUUUAUCCUUGGCUGUGGGACUUGGGUUACCUUCCUCCUGGCCUUUACUAUGGCUGGUAGCACGUGGCCAUGGAAUGAUGGACGCACUAUCGCCACCCUUGUUGUAUUCGGCGUGCUUCUCGUUUCCUAUAUAUUGCAGCAGUACUUCGCCAUUUUUACGACCCCUUCUAGGCGCCUCUUUCCGGGUCACCUGUUACGAGACCGCACCCAAGUGCUCCUAUAUGUGGUGACGGCAGCUGGCACCACGUCGCUCUUCGUCGUUGUUUACUAUCUCCCCAUCUACUUUCAAUUUGUUAACGGGGACAACGCUAUUAUGGCAGCCGUGCGCCUGCUCCCCUUUGUCUGCAUCACUGUCGCAGUAAGCAUCUCAGCAGGAUCCUUUCUUCACUUGAUUAAGGUUUACAUGGCCAUCUACAUCAUAGGUGGGAUUUUCUUGAUAGCCGGAGGUGGCCCGUUGAUGGUGUAUCUUGACACUAAUUCGACAGCCGGCCUCAUCUACGGCAUGACAAUCCUCAUUGCCGUGGGUAGCGGUCUGUCGAUGACAAUUGCCUACACAAUUGCCACACUGACCUUGGAGUCGGAAGACGUGGGAGCUGGCCUCAGCUUGCAAAACGUCUCACAGAUCGGAGGUCAGGUCAUUGCGCUCGCGAUAGCGGGGCAAAUCUACCAAUCGACGGGCUUUAGGAACCUGUCAGAAGUCCUAGCUGGCUACGGUUAUACGGACUCUGAAAUCCAGGGCGCGGUAGCUGGUGCGCAGAGUGAUUUGUUCAGUAAGUUGAGCGGAGAGUUGCGGGAAGAAGCGGUGAUAGCUAUCACCAAGGCAAUGCAGAUGACUUUUGUGCUAGUACCUGUUGCCGGUGGUAUUAUGCUGAUCGCUGCGCUCUGCAUGAAGCGGGAAAAACUCUUUGGAUAGAGUCAAAAUAGCGUGGCUCUUAUCAGCCGGCCGAGGCAUCCGCGGAGGCAUGGAUGCUUAGGUACCUUAAUUAAGUCAAACCAAGUCUCGUGGCCCCCAUCUUGGUCAGCUUUUCACACCCCGAAGGUCCCGAAUGGCGGUGGGAUUAAUACUGAAUCUCCUGAACACCGCGCGGGCCGAGUUUGAGUGAGUGAGGUUUAGUUCCUAGAUACUAAGUUAGGGAGAGAGUUAGCGGUGGUGUUGAUAAUGUACAUUGUAUGUGGGAGCGAGUUAUGUUCAGAUGACUUUCUUUCAACGGUUAAAAAUUAUGUAUGUCCGUUUGUUCCGAGUUC